ACAGCACUCGGCGUCUCUCGACCACACCCCUCGUUCUCAUAAAUCACGUAUGGACCUCUAAACGCACAUUAUCUCUUACAUAAUAUCACCUAGCAUGAAGUCUUGGCUCUACCUAACACGCUUUCUAGUUUCCUACGUUGCAUUUCUUUGGUAUUAGCUAUUAUAUUAUACAUCUGGGUAUAGUUGACUUUUAUUUUUACCAUCAAGUCUUUUCCUAUAUCAUAUUUGCCCUCUAAUAAUAUUCCAGACUUUUCAAGGGGUGAUGGCGACCCACAAAACCAGCAUGGACGCCUUCAAAGGUGGCAGAGACUUUGCUUGAAGUCGUCAGAGAGACAUAGUCAGUUACUGGAGGUUCGCACCAGACUCAACGACAUUGUUCUUGCCAGGUCGUUCAGCUUUGAUGUGUGGAGGAAGAAGUUCAAUGGGUGGGUGGACCAGCAGAAACUGAGGGUCAACGACUUGUUCCGCAGAUUUGACAGCAACCACGACGGAAUGUUGACGAGGGAAGAUUUCAUCAAAGGACUCAAGGCAUCAGGUAAUGUAUAAUUAUAGCGAAUAUUGACAAUUUUAAAUUAGCAAGCCUUCCGUUUCAGUGGGCCUUUCUUUUCCAUUUAUGUUCAAAAUCUUGUGACAUGUAUGCAGUGGAAGCCUAAUUUCAAAUAGAGAUGUUAUAAACCUUGCCAUUAAUAAUUAUAUAUACCAAGCAUUUUGAAGAGAUUAUGCCGAUUUAUCUUCUCUUUAUUAACAAUUUCGCUACUGUGCUUACAAUCCUGCUGCUUUUCCACCUCUUUCACACCUAGCCACAAUCGAACAA